CAGUGACGGACAUGUUAGACUACCAUGAAAAGUAUCGAGUUCUGUUUUGGGUGGUAUUGUUGUCGAGUUUUCCAGUAGACAAAGCCGAUCCAGUCCAUUUGCUCCAGACAUUAGGACUCAAAGCUAGGCAAGCUUGUGUAGGUGGCCCACCGGGUACGAAGACAUGGUCGGCAUCUCCGGCUGGACCAAAAUGCUACAAAUACUUUGUACCAAAUGGUGAUACGGGUGUCGACUACAAUACUGCUGGUAGUUUUUGUGCUCUGCAGGCAAAAGGGGCCACGUUGGCGGUGAUUGAGAACCAAGAAGAAGAAGACCUGGCAGAGAGCUUCAUACCAGCUGGAGGUUCACUUUUCGUCACGUGGAUAGGCCUCCGUAAAAACGCCAGCCAACAAUGGCAUUGGGUAGACGGUAGUCCUCUUAACUACGUGAACUGGAACGGAAACCCUGAAAAUAAGCCUUUGAAGGACUGUGCCGCCAUAAACACUAAAAGGAACACGAUUUGUUGGAAGAAACAACGGUGUAAAACCCCUGGGAACGUCAUUUGUCAAGUUAAAGUUAAAGACGCCUGCGAACUUGGUACAGACGACUGUGCAGUAGACGCAACAUGCGAUGCAACCGGAGACGGAUACAAGUGUACAUGUUUGGAUGGGUUUAGCGGCGACGGUACUUCAUGUACGGAUAUAGAUGAAUGUCUUCUGCACACAGACAACUGCGCUCCAACUGCAACGUGCCACAAUACUAUUGGUAGUUUUACUUGCACCUGCCUCCCUGGUUUCAGCGGCAAUGGCACAACUUGUGCAGAUGUUGACGAAUGUAAAACUGAAACAUACCUGUGUGCACUGAAUGCCAUAUGCAUAAACUCUUACGGAAGUUUCGAGUGCAGUUGCUUACCGGGUUAUAGCGGUAACGGAAUAGUUUGCAAUGACAUUGACGAGUGUACACUGGGGUUAAACAGCUGCAGUGAAGAAGCAAAGUGUAUUAACUCUUAUGGAAGUUAUACAUGUACUUGUGUAGCUGGGUUCACCGGUGACGGCAUAAAAUGUUCGGACGUAGACGAGUGCAACUUGGACCAAGAUCUAUGUUCGAAAUAUGCAAAAUGCAAGAACACAUACGGAAGUUAUGAGUGCAAUUGUUCGGCUGGUUUCACUGGAAACGGUAUAACGUGUUAUGAUGUGGAUGAAUGUGUUUUGAAAAAAGAUGAUUGCGCUGAGAAUGCCACAUGUACCAACACCGUGGGCAGUUUUACCUGCACCUGCCUAGCUGGAUUCACCGGCGACGGCACAAAGUGUGCCGAUGUCGAUGAAUGUGACUUAGAUAUAAAUAAUUGCGACGAGAACGCCACAUGCGCCAACACCGUGGGCAGUUUUACCUGCACCUGUCUAGCUGGAUUCAGCGGCGAUGGCACAAAGUGUGCCGAUGUAGAUGAAUGUGACUUAGAUACAAAUAAUUGCGACGAGAACGCCACAUGCGCCAACACCGUGGGCAGUUUUACCUGCACCUGCCUAGCUGGUUUCAGUGGCGACGGCACAGCAUGUAACGACGUUAAUGAAUGUUUCCUGCAAACGGAUAACUGCGCCAAAGAUGCGACAUGCACCAACACCAUGGGCAGGUUCACUUGCACUUGCCACGCUGGUUUUAGAGGUGACGGCAUAACAUGCGAAAAAAUCAUAACUUGCCCUGGUGGACCGCCGGGUACAGAGACUUGGAACUCUACCUCAGAUGGAACUAAAUGCCUCAAAUUCUUUGGAACAAACAACUCUGUGAAUGUCGACUACGUUUCUGCCUCUAGUCUAUGUCCACAGCUGGCAGCUGGGGCAACUUUAUCUGUGAUUCUACACCAGAAUGAAGAGGAUUUGGCUGAGAGUCUGAUACCAAAAGGGUAA